UAACACGCUACGCACAAAAAAAAAUGAUUCGUGCUUACGCUGCAGCAGCUCUCUUUUCCAUCAUGCUGUCUCUGCGUCUCGGCGCGCGCACGGCCCCUGAAGCUGAAUCUCGGGCCCACAUCAAAUUUGCAUGAGUAAAUCCGACCCCGUUCUUUCAGGCCCAGGAUCGGCACGCGAGAAUACUCGUGCUGAAGUGCUCGAUGUAUGUUGUAGGGGAUGAAGUUUUGCAUGUGGAAGCAUAGAUUUAGAUACAGAUCACGCAAUUUGUAUUAAGUUCUUGGCCGGAGCGUUAUCGUUAUGGUUAUCGUUAUUAGCGCUGCAGCCCCGGGACAGCGAUGAAGAAUAUGUAUGCGAAGCAAUUGCAACGUAAGGACAGAGCUUCCAUCACCGCCAUACUUUGCGCAGGGGUGGGCGAUCUUUCUUGCGCGUCGAAGCAAGCAACGACAACGACCACGGCAAGAUUAAAUUCGAGGUUGGACGCUGGAACUCCGGUUCAUGGUACGCGCAUGGGAAACACUGCCCGCGCCAUCCGCUUGGCGUAAAGGAUAGACAAGAAGGCCACGGGCGGCGCAGACGAUCGUCGUCGCCAACCUCGUCAGGAGAUGAAAUCCUCGACAUCGACUAUUUCCCUCUUCGACAGAAUCACAGGCAGAGCGCUGGUGCUUCCAGCGGGAGCGGUCGUCUGGAUCACGGGGAUAUUUGUGAGCACGGGCCUCUGAUAGAGGCACUAGACGAUGGUGAUGUCGAUGACCAGAUGCGCAGCGAGGCACUAGCUCCACACGACGAGCGGGGAGCCGCAAGUUCACCACGACUGCUCGAGCUACAGGAUGGUAGUUCUUUCGUCGAUGGCACUUAUCAAGGUGGUUUUCCUGAUUCGUCGACGAGCAGUCCACUUCACAGUCCGCGGCUCUAUCACGAACAGCAGCUGCUGGCUUGGCGCGACGACCAAGAAGACGAUCUUACUCGAGACCCACAUCCGGGCGCUUGGCUGGGUGACGGUACUUCCGCCCCAGCUGUCAGGACGGUGGAGGAGCAGACCGCCGAAUGUAAGCGAGUCGCGGCGGACUACGUUAGUGAGCUUCUUCGAUGCCGGGCUGCCUCCACCGGCGCGCAAUCUCUCGGCCCGCAGCAUAAGCAGGAAUUUGUCGCUGGAGCAGCUGCGGCUUCUUAUGUCGAGGGUUAGUGCAUACCUUUCGUGAAGAUUUCUCCUCAGGAACUCGAUUCUUAUGCGCGUCGCACGGCGACGAGGGCAAGCUCCUUGGGCUGACCCAUAGGAGGAGAAUCCGAUUGCGUGCUUCGAGCAGCCUAACUGCGGGCCUCUUACUUCUCUUUGUUGCCACUGCCCGGCUUCCGAUGGAAACAGCGGCCGAACUGCUGUAGAGUUGUCUGCUAUCGAGCCGAGCGAGCCUCAGUUGCGCUUCUUGGGCGCGGCCUGCCCCCGCCUAGAAUGCUCCGGAUCACCUUCCAGUAGCUGCGGUGUCGUCGAGUAGCUACUGUGGAAAGUAGUGCGCAGCGGAGACCUUCGUCCUUCCAGUUAGUUUCCCUUUACGUUGAAUCCUAAAAGAAUUAUGCUAUACCUGCUCUACUUCAAUAUCUAGUACACGCCCGCUUGCGAGCAAUGCAGCUGACUUCUCAGCUACUACUUCCUUCGAAUAAGCUUUAGAAACAGAAGAAGCUGUGCGCGCAGACGAAAAGGUUUUUGUUUGCCCGGCUGUAUUCUCCAUUACCUUUGGUUGAUAUUUUGUCGAAUACGUGUAUGAGUCAUCUUUCUCUAUUGAUUCCGUUUUUUUGCUUUUGAUAUAGUGUCUCUCUUCUCUCUCACCGCCAAAGGCAGCGCAGAUCUUCGUUGACAUCAACUUACUAGGAGGCGUCGACCCACAUACUUAUGCCUUGAUGUCGAGGCAGGAGGUCGCGGUCUAAGACGCUUUGCUGCCAAGGCAAAAUGUUUGCAUCUACCCUGAAACAUGAAAUCCAGCUACUUGCCAUCUAGUUUUGCAUCAGAACUGGCAGGAGCUGGGUGGACGCAUAAUCAUAAAAGACGUCUUCGGACCGACACACACGGAUAAAACUGCUUUUCUGAGCUCAUGCGUAGAAGAUUCGCAACCCUGACACGACCUAUAAUUGUUUGCACAGGUACAGGCGGAGUUUUAGUUUUUGUUUCUCGCCGGGCUUGUUUAAUGUCAUGAAUGAAGACCACAAUGAAUGAUCGCAAGUUGUAUUCAAAGCGCAACCUUGUGUUUGUGUCGUUAUUUCUGCACACGAGAGCACGAU